GAAGGCCCGUGUUGUGAGUGACUGAAGUCAUGGCUUACUGGAUCCAGCUUCGUUGGAGAAUCUGGUUGUUGGUUCCACUGGCUCUGGAUCAUCUCGCUCUUGCUGAAGAUAUGAAGCCCACCAGAUGGCCUCUUUACCCUCAGAAGCCUGUGGUUCUGGUCUGGAAUGCCCCAACAGAAGACUGCAGUCCUCGGCACAACGUCCACUUCCAGCUCGAUCAAUUUCAGAUCGUGGCCUCUCCGAAUGAAGGCUUCACCAAGCAGAACCUCACCAUAUUCUACAAAGACUGCCUGGGCCUGUAUCCAUGCUUUGAGGCCGGUGUGGCCAUCAAUGGUGGACUACCGCAGAUCUCCAGCCUCACGCACCACCUAGAGAAGAUGCCGGAGGGGAUCGCGAAGUACAUUCGCGACCCGUCGGCGCGAGGCCUGGCCGUGAUCGACUGGGAGGAAUGGCAUCCGGAGAACAGGAAGGGUGCCACCACCCACCACACCACACCAGCUCAUUUCCUACAAAUCAAGAACCAAUCACUGAUUCCAUUAUUUGUGUCUGCGCAGAUGGAUUUGGAGUCCACCAUCGGAGAAAGUGUGGCUCUGGGUGCAGCAGGUAUCGUUCUCUGGGGUGAUGCUGCUUAUGCCAGCAGCAAUGACACUUGUUCCAGUUUAAACCAGUACUUGCGGGGUCCACUGGGCCUUUACCUCCUCAACGUUUCCACGGCAGCUGAGCAUUGCAGUUGCUUCCUGUGCAGCUCCCACGGCCGAUGUCUGCGCAGACAUCCGGACACGGACACUGACACGUAUCUCUAUCUUGACCCACAGACACACACGAUAGUAGGCCAGGGGAGCGAACUGCGUGUGAAGGGAGAUCUGAGCGUGGAAGAGCAGCAGCGGAUGAGCGAAGACUUCCAGUGCCAAUGUUUUAGUGGGUAUCAGGGUGAGAGAUGUGACCUCGAGGACCCUCUUCAGCAAUGAGGAGAUGGACAUGCACUGCAUUUACUGACCUGAGCACACGCCAUAGACACUUUAACUCAUUUUCUGGCUUAUGAAAUGUUUGGCUGGUCAGUGCGCUCCAAAUGCUGUUGUGAAAAGGUCCUUCGUUUUCAUGAAGUCAUGUGGGUGACCUUGAAAUUGAAAUUUAUAUGUAUAAACACAGGAAACUCAGAGUUCCUUGGAGUUUAAAUAAGCACUUUUGUUUGUUGUCACACGUUAUACUCUCACAACAUUUGAGCCAGAUGUAGGAUAUUGUGCAACAGGAAAAUCGAAUGAAAAUUUAUGACUGACGAGUGGAUUCAUUCAGAAGUCACUGUUAAAACAAUUUGAACCGGUGGACAUUUGGUUUUAAGUGGCUUUGGUUUGAGUGUAGAUUUGAGAUGACACUAUAAAGAUGUUGGUUAUUGUAGUAGAAAAAAUCAUUUGUGUUGUGUGAUAUGGUUCAAGAGGGAGGAAGGAAGAAGACAGGGUCGGCGGACUGGGACGCGAGUGUUUAUUCAAGUCUCUCAGUAAAUACAACAGAACAAGGCGCUCACUGCGCAUUCAAACUCUCAGUCAAUAACUCAGAAUAUAGCUCUAUAUAUGCUUUGCUCCAGUAGCCCGGUUUCCCCGGGUGGCUCGCGUUCCCAGUCAGUCUCUCUCUGCCUUCCAUGCUCCAGGUGGCCCCUUUUAUCCGGUCUCUCCACACC